AUGGAGGUUGCCAAUGGUGGCCCUGCGGCCCAGAGCCAAAAUGGCUCACCUGAAAGCAACGGUGGAUUCAAACUCAAGUUUUGCACCGUCUGUGCCAGUAACAACAACCGCUCUAUGGAAGCCCACUUACGGCUAUCACAAGCAGAGUACCCUGUUAUCUCGUUCGGCACUGGCUCUCUUGUCCGUCUGCCUGGACCAACUAUUACCCAACCUAACGUGUAUCACUUUAACAAGACCUCUUACGACAGCAUGUUCAAAGAACUUGAGUCUAAGGACGCUCGGCUGUAUAAGAACAACGGUAUCUUGAACAUGCUGAACCGUAAUCGCGGCGUCAAAUGGGGCCCAGAACGCUGGCAAGACUGGCAGGUCGGUGUACCCCGUUUGCAACACGCUAAAGACCGUGGCAGCGAAGGUACUGAGGGCGGUCUCGUCGAUAUUGUCAUCACCUGUGAAGAACGAUGUUGGGAUGCCGUUAUUGAUGAUCUUCUAAACCGAGGCUCCCCACUUAACCGGCCUGUCCAUGUCAUCAACGUUGAGAUCAAAGAUAACCACGAGGAAGCUGCCGUCGGCGGACAAGGUAUCCUGGAACUUGCCAAUGCCCUCAAUGCGGCAGCCCAAGAGGAACGUAACGCUGUUGGUGCUUCUGCAUUUGACAAUGGCUCUGCCGCAAGCAGAGCUACUUUUGACGAGCGAGUACCUGAUGUUCUUGCUACAUGGCAAGAAAGAUGGCCCAAUCUGCCAGCAACCUGGACCGUGGCCUGGUUUUGA